GUUCAUAGGCUUCGCACUUUCGCAUCUGCGCGCGGGAGAGAGCAUGCCCUCACGCAACGUUUGCAGCCCGCAGGCUUCCCGGACCGAACGCCUCAUCCCUCGGGAUCGCCUUCUUGGACUUGAAAAUAAAUAUCCCACACCCAUCCAAGGAGUCUUCAUUGCUUCAGUCACCCUUUGAAUCUCUUCUUCCCUCAUCUUACCUGUCCCAUCUACCGCUCUACCUCAGGCACACGCAGCCUCUCCUCUCUCCUUCCGAUAUCCGACAUGCCACCCCAGUCCACCCUCCUCGUACAAUUCGUGUCGACGGCCACUUCCACUAUACCAGAACAAACCUCUCCAACCCAAGCUCCCGACAUCUUCACAGGUCCUUCAUCCGACCUAGAAGCCCGCAGUACGAUUGUGUUUGGCGUCUUCGGCACGUUCCUCGCUACCGUCGGCCUCGUUCUUACUGGCAUGACCCUUCGUGUCAUGUAUCGCAACCACAAGGCGAGACACAAUGCCGAGAGCGACCGUCAUAUGGGCGAGAUUGUGGAGAUGGAGAUGCAGGACAUUGAGCGCCAAGACACGGAAGCCCGCCAUAACGAGAGAAAUGCUGAAGGCGGGGACAUCGAGACUGUCACUGCCAUGGAAUAUGCCCCAAGAACCCCAUAGAUGGAAACAAUUUUCGAACCGAUUUGGAGAGGUUGGUGGUAACGCAGCCGCGGCAGUGUACUGGCCAGUCUCGAUUUGGAUGCCUCAACUGCUCUCAAGCUAGGCCUCUAUAUCGUCAUGCUUGCGUUCUUGACUGUCUGAGGGUCGGACGUUGCUAUCGGACUACAUCGCCCGGGACCU